CGGAAGGGCGCGUGCGGCGUGACGACGCGACUCGCGGCGCAUCUCGUGACGCCAUCGCGCCUGCUUUUGAAAGUUGGCGCCCGGGGCCGCCUCCCAUGCUGCCCUGCGCCAACCCCUCCCCUCACCUUUCCUCCCCCGCCCUCAACUCGCCGCCGGCCGGCCCCCCCACCCGUCUCUUCCCUUAUCAGCACCCGCGGCCCCGGCAGCGCCGACGCAGGCGCAUUGCACUGCGCCGCCGCCAUUUUGUGUCCGAGCCUGUGGAGCGAUUAAACCGUGCGCGGAGCUGCUUCUUUGGCGGCAGCGGCGACAGCAGUAGCCAGUGCAGGCACGCGGAGCUGGCCGGGGACGCCAGGUGGCCGGAGCGGUGGAGCGGCGGCGGAGCGGGCGCCGCGGGGGGUGUGGCGCGAAGAAUGACCACAAAUCUAGAACCAAAGAACAUGAUGCACUAGCAGGCAGACUUGAAGCUAGGGACCGGAGAUCUGGGUUCUGUUGUCCUUCCUCAAACUGAUUUUGCAGCCACGGAGAGGAAGGGGAAAUGGAAGGUGAGGCGGUUGAAGCCAUUGUGGAAGAGUCUGAAACUUUCAUUAAAGGAAAGGAAAGAAAGACUUACCAGAGACGCCGGGAAGGGGGCCAGGAAGAAGAUGCUUGCCACCUACCCCAGAACCAGACAGACGGGGGUGAGGUGGUCCAGGAUGUCAACAGUAGCGUACAGAUGGUAAUGAUGGAACAGCUGGACCCUACCCUUCUCCAAAUGAAGACUGAAGUAAUGGAGGGGACAGUGGCUCCUGAAGCAGAAGCUGCAGUGGACGAUACCCAAAUCAUAACCCUGCAGGUUGUAAACAUGGAGGAACAGCCCAUUAAUAUAGGAGAACUUCAGCUUGUCCAAGUACCUGUUCCUGUGACUGUACCUGUUGCUACUACGUCAGUAGAAGAACUUCAGGGGGCUUAUGAGAAUGAAGUGUCUAAAGAGGGCCUUGCAGAAAGUGAACCGAUGAUAUGUCACACCUUACCUUUACCUGAAGGAUUUCAGGUGGUAAAAGUGGGGGCCAAUGGAGAAGUGGAGACACUAGAGCAGGGGGAGCUUCCUCCUCAGGAAGACCCUAGCUGGCAAAAAGACCCAGACUAUCAGCCACCAGCCAAAAAAACAAAGAAAACCAAAAAGAGUAAACUUCGUUACACAGAGGAGGGCAAAGACGUGGAUGUGUCUGUGUAUGAUUUUGAGGAAGAACAGCAGGAAGGUCUGCUGUCUGAGGUUAAUGCAGAGAAAGUGGUUGGUAAUAUGAAGCCUCCGAAGCCAACAAAAAUUAAAAAAAAAGGUGUAAAGAAAACAUUCCAGUGUGAGCUUUGCAGUUACACGUGUCCACGGCGUUCAAAUUUGGAUCGUCACAUGAAAAGCCACACUGAUGAGAGACCACACAAGUGCCAUCUCUGUGGCAGAGCAUUCAGAACAGUAACCCUCCUGAGGAAUCAUCUUAACACACACACAGGUACUCGUCCUCACAAGUGCCCCGACUGCGACAUGGCUUUUGUGACCAGUGGAGAGUUGGUGCGGCAUCGUCGUUAUAAACACACUCAUGAGAAACCAUUUAAGUGUUCCAUGUGUGAUUAUGCCAGUGUAGAAGUCAGCAAAUUAAAACGACACAUUCGCUCUCAUACUGGAGAGCGCCCGUUCCAGUGCAGUUUGUGCAGUUAUGCCAGCAGGGACACAUACAAGCUGAAAAGGCAUAUGAGAACCCAUUCAGGUGAAAAACCUUAUGAAUGUUAUAUUUGUCAUGCUCGGUUUACCCAGAGUGGUACCAUGAAGAUGCACAUUUUACAGAAGCACACAGAAAAUGUGGCCAAAUUUCAUUGUCCCCACUGUGACACUGUCAUAGCCCGAAAAAGUGAUUUGGGUGUCCACUUGAGAAAGCAGCAUUCCUAUAUUGAGCAGGGCAAAAAAUGUCGCUACUGUGAUGCUGUGUUUCAUGAGAGAUAUGCUCUUAUCCAGCAUCAAAAAUCACACAAAAAUGAGAAGCGCUUCAAGUGCGACCAGUGUGAUUAUGCUUGUAGACAGGAGAGGCACAUGAUCAUGCACAAGCGCACUCACACGGGGGAGAAGCCUUAUGCCUGCAGCCACUGCGACAAGACCUUCCGCCAGAAACAGCUCCUUGACAUGCAUUUCAAGCGCUAUCAUGAUCCCAACUUUGUCCCCGCUGCCUUUGUCUGUUCUAAGUGUGGGAAAACAUUCACACGCCGGAACACAAUGGCGAGACACGCAGAUAACUGUGCUGGUCCAGACGGUGUAGAAGGGGAAAAUGGAGGAGAGACAAAGAAGAGCAAACGAGGAAGAAAAAGAAAGAUGCGGUCUAAAAAAGAAGACUCCUCUGACAGUGAAGAAAAUGCUGAGCCGGAUCUCGAUGACAAUGAGGAGGAGGAGGAGCCUGCUGUAGAAAUUGAACCUGAGCCAGAGCCGCAGCCGCAGCCUCAGCCACAGCCGCAGCCGCAGCCUGUGGCCCCAGCCCCACCACCUGCCAAGAAGAGAAGAGGGCGACCUCCUGGAAGAACCAACCAACCCAAACAGAACCAGCCAACAGCCAUCAUCCAGGUUGAAGACCAGAAUACAGGUGCAAUUGAGAACAUUAUAGUUGAAGUCAAAAAAGAGCCAGAUGCCGAGCCUGCGGAGGGGGAAGAGGAGGAGGCUCAGGCAGCACCCGCAGACGCCCCCAACGGAGACCUCACGCCUGAGAUGAUUCUCAGCAUGAUGGACCGGUGAUGACGGGGCUUUGCUCGCCACCAGGACUGUUGGGCUGUGUUUAAACGGCCCAAAUCUUAACUUUUCUCUCUUUCUUUCUUUGGCUUUGGGAACGGCAUAAUUUGACACCAUUUUACCAAACACACUGAGAACGAAAACUUCAAGGAUGAUGUUAGAAAAAUGUGAUUUAACUAGAACUUGUUUGAUGUUAGCAAAUCAUGGAAUGUUCUAAGUCUCUGAGGGUUUACUGUGAAGUGCUGAGGACAGUGUUGAUGCCUAACUAGUUUUCUUAGAUGGAAACAGAGACAUUGAGCCCUCUCUCUUGAUUUAGUAAACCACUCCAGAAUGCCCACGGGUUUCCCAGAGUUCUAUGGUCUUCCCAAGAGAGUUUUUAAUUGUAAAUGCAGACUUGGGAAAGACUUAGACUUUUAACCUGGUUUUGCUUUUGCUUUUCCUGACUCCCUUUGCUCAGAGUCAGUUGCACACCAGUAGGAUGGCAUGCUACGAUCAGUUUCUGUCCUGAAAGCUUUGCCUCUUUCUUGGCAAAGUUUCUGGUAUGGUCAAGCCUGUAAAUAACCUUUUUUACAUUUUAAUCUUUUCCAUUAAUUAAGAGGUUGAAAAGAAGUGCAGUGUAAGAAAACCCAGCAUUUUAAUUAUUUGCAAAUUAAAGUGCCACAGACACAGACUUCGUGGUAUGUAAAUGUUGAAUCGGAUCACAAUCAUGUAGCAGAAGGGCACUGGGCCUGUUGCCUGCUAGUCAUGGACACCCAAAAGUCCUGAUUUCCAGCUCAUGGAGCCAGCAUUUGAACCUUGAACAAAUAAUUUUCAUUUAUGAUUUCUUCAUCAACAUUUUCUUUACUCUGUUUGUAGCUGAAUGUUACAUUUUUAAAUCUCUGUUAAAGCCAGAAGAGUUGAUUAUGAGUGGGCACAGCGACCCUGGGAAGCUGGGCCAAAACAUUUCACUGAGUCAGUAAUUUAAACUUCAAAUCUGGAAAAAAAUUAAUAAUAAUGAUGGUGAAGCAAAACAACUUAAAAAGUGAUUCUUGCACAUGAAUUGUCACAUGUUGAUAUGUCUUUUUUAAAGAGCCUCAGUCUGACUGAUUUCAAACACUUUUUUUCUUCUGUGUAUUGCUUUUAAGAGAGCCAUCAGUUAGCUAUCAGAAUCUAGGUUGAUGCAUUUUUGUACUUAGCUGUACUGUGUGAUAUUUUUCAUUAUUUUAGGAUGCCAACAUGAGACCUGUAAUAAAAUAUGUAAUGGGGUUGAAAGCUGGGGAGGAGGAUCUACUGCUGUACAGCUAAUAAAUCAUAACGGAUUAACAGGCA